AUGAAAGUUUCAAAGGAUGUCCUCUGGUUGACUGCAGCUGUUGUUGUCAUUCUGCUCAUUGCCUCAGUCGCUGCAAUUAUUCUGGCAAAAUAUUACACAAAAGCAUGUGGCUCCAGGAUUGAACGAUUCAGCCGGAUAGUCGGUGGGACAAACGCAGCGAAUGGCGAGUGGCCGUGGCAGGUUAGCCUGCAGGUCGGGAGUCACGUUUGUGGAGCUUCCAUCAUCUCCGACCGAUGGCUCGUCUCUGCCGCUCACUGCUUCCAGAGUGCCUACGCCCACCCCUCAUAUUGGAAAGCUUACAUGGGGUCUGUGAUGCUUGGAGUAGGAAUGUCCAGAAGCAUCAGAAGAAUCAUGACCCACCCCAACUACAGCAUCCCGAGGAACUUCAACAAUGACAUUGCUGUAUUGGAGCUCUCUUCCCCUCUCAUCUUCAAUGACUUCAUCCAGCCUAUCUGCCUGCCACCCAGCAGCAAGGUGUUCCCACCUGGCGAAAGAUGCACCAUCACAGGCUGGGGAACACUUGCCUUCGAAGCUCGGGUCCUCCAGUCUCCUGAGGAGGUCGAGGCGCUGGUACACCUUGACUGUCACAUCAAUGUGGUUGGUCCACGACAGACCAUUGAUAUUGUUAACGCCAGGGAAUUUGAAGCUCGCAACCAUUUCCACUUCAGCACCAUUGAUGGUUCACUUGCCACGAUCCUUCAGAAAGCAGUCGUGCAUAUCAUCAGUAGCCAAAGAUGCAAGCGUGUCUACAGGCACCUGGUCACUGAGAAGAUGAUCUGUGCAGGGAUCAUGGCCGGAGGAGUCGAUGCCUGUCAGGGCGACUCGGGAGGUCCGUUGGUUUGCAGAGAUCGUGAUAAGACUUGGUUUCUUGCUGGAAUCGUCAGCUAUGGGAUUAAAUGUGCGAGUCCCAACAUACCAGGAGUGUAUUCUCGUGUGACAUCCCUGCGAGACUGGGUGGAGCAGGAAACUGGGAUAUAG